GGGAAACUUUUGGACCGUAUUGCGUGGCCGCCUCGGGUCAGUGGUUGGCGGGAGAUACACGGGCUUGUUUACCGCCAAAACUCACAUCUGCUUCACUUGGCUUCACUGAUAUUGUUAAUUUGUCCGUGGUUCUGGGACUCUAGUAAUGCCAAGCCUUGCCCCUGCCAUCACCAUUCCCGAAGAUGUUCGCACAAAAAUUGAUCGACUUAAAGAAGAAUACCAAGAGGAAGAGGUUACACAGAAAGGCUAUAUCAAAAGACUGCGCGCACUGCUCACUGGUCUUCUGAUGGCAUCUGAUCAGGAGGACAUUGCCCAGCUGGAGAAGGACCUCGAUGAGGGAGAUAUAACUGAGAAAGGCUUCUUCAGUAAACUGGAAAAGCUGCUAGAGUCUUCUCUAACUUUAGCCACAGCAAAUGAUGAGAACACAGAUAAUAAACUAGGGAAAUUAAAGAAAGGCUCUGAAUCAUUGAAAGAAAAACUGCUCGUGUUUGCUAAUAAGGAAGGUAAACAUUCUGAAAAGGAAGGGACCUGUACCAAGAAUAUUGAUAAGGUAGAUAAGAGUGCUAACAAAGAAAAUGAUAAAAAUGUCGGAAAUGGUGAUGCUGUUCAAGCUCCCUGUGAAGUUGAGAGUUCUGGAGGAGAAAAUGAGAGCGUAAGCAGUGAAUCAGAGGGCGGCUCCAGUAGUAAGGAGGGAAAGUGUGUUAUGGAAGAGGGUGAGAAAAUGGAAGUAGAAGAUGCAAAGCCAUCAAGUCAGAAGAAAAAAAUUGGCGCAGGCGGGUGUCGAGGUAGAAGACGGAGUUCCCAGAAUGGAGGGGUCCAGAGGUCUGUAGCCGAUAUGUUCACAAAUGUCAAUAGUAAGCGUAAGUGUGAGGUGCCAAAUGAAGUUGGAGAAAGUGAUGAUUCACCUGCCUCUGAGCCUGACGAGAAAAAGAAAAAAAUUAAACACGAAGAGGAAGAUAAGAAAACAUCACAAAGCGAAAGCACUCGUCGUUGCACUCAAGGCUUGAUGAACCGGUGUGAGGUGUGCCACCAACACCUCAACAGCCCUGAUCUUCUCCUCUUCCCUGGACAUCCCGAAGGGGCACUGGACGAGUUUAUUGCACUUACAGACCUGAAGCUCUCCCUGUUUACGGGAGAUGAAGAGUUCAUCAAUGAAUAUGAUGAGCGUCCUCAGCAAAAAAUAACUGGGUUUAAUGUAUAUGAUAAAGAAGGUCAUCUUUGCCCUUUUGAUGGAGGUUUGAUUGAGCGUAAUGUUCUCCUCUACUUCUCUGGCUACGUGAAGCCCAUCUAUGAAGAAGACCCAACAAUUGAGGGUGGAGUUCCUACUAAAGAAAUGGGACCAAUCAAUGAGUGGUGGAUCUCUGGCUUUGACGGAGGGGAGAAAGCACUGAUUGGAUUCUCUACUUCAUAUGCUGAAUAUAUACUUAUGGAUCCAAGUGACACGUACGCUCCAUUUGUUGAUGCUGUUCGAGAGAAGAUUUACAUUAGUAAAAUAGUGAUUGAGUUUCUGGUGAACAACGAUGAUGCUAUGUAUGAAGACUUGUUGAAUAAGCUGGAGACAACAGUACCGCCAAGUGGUAUUGCUGUGAUAACAGAAGAUACACUCUUGAGACAUGCCCAGUUUGUUUGUGAUCAGGUGCACAACUUCGACUUAGCAGGGGAUGAAGGAGAUGACAUGCUCAUUACAACACCUUGUAUCCGGUCGCUAAUUAAGUUAGCAGGGGUCAUGCUAGGCAAGCGCCGAGCUUUAAGACGCACGGGUCCAAAAUUGAAGGUAGAUAAAAUGCCAAAAUGGACCAAAGCAACUACAACUCCACUUGUUAGAAACUUGUUUGAAUCAUUUUUCUCUGGCCAGAUUGAAUCUGAGAAAGAGGGUUUGCACAAUACAAAGAGAACACGAUGUGGUGUUUGUGAUACUUGCCAAAGACCCGACUGUGGUGAAUGUAAGCAGUGUAAGGAUAUGGUGAAGUUUGGUGGAACUGGCAAAUCAAAACAGUGCUGCUUGGAGCGCAGGUGUCCAAACAGGGUUAUAGCUGAAGCUGAAGAUGAUGAAGACAUUGAGGAACUUGCAAGUAUUUCCAUUGGAGAUCUAUCGACCUCCAAGCCCAAACAGCACCGUAUCCGUAAACACACUCAUCAUACCACUUGGCUUGGGGAUCCUAUCAUUGUAGAAGGCAAGAGAACUUACUAUGAAUCAGUGUCAAUUAAUGGAGAAGAAUAUCAUAUAAAUGACAAUGUGAUGGUAGAACCAGAUGACCCGAAGAUCCCAGUAUAUAUUGCUCGCAUCAACCAUAUGUGGGAAGAUGGACGUGGAGAGAGGCACUUCCAUGCUGACUGGUACUGUCGAGGGAGUGACACGGUUCUUGGCGAGACGGCAGAUCCACUUGAACUUUUCAUUAUUGAUGAUUGUGAAGAUACUGUUUUAGAUUCCAUCAUAAAAAAGGUAACUGUGACUUACUAUGAAGCCCCAUCCAACUGGAAGGAGCUUGGGGGAGUUAAUGAUCCAGAUGAAUUCUACCCAGUGAAGAACAGUGAUGGCUCUCAUUACUUUUAUCAGAAGAUCUACCAGCCCCAGUAUGGCCGCUUUGAAGACAUUCGUCAAGAUGAAGAACCAGAGGAACAUAUGAAGCAUCGCCACUGUGUCUCUUGUGCUCGCAUAAAACAGUCAGAAGUGUUUGAAAUGUGUGUUUUGGGUAAAAAACUGGAAGACGAGUCUACAAAGAAUCAGAUUUACGCAUCACUGUGUUACAAGGGUAAUGAUUAUGCAGUCGGUGACAGUCUCUUUGCCAGUCCUGAUGCAUUUGAUUUCAAGGUUAAGCAAGCACCACCUCCCAGAAGAGAAGAGAGGAAAAAGAAUGUUGAUGAAGAGAUGUAUCCAGAAUACUAUAGAAAAUCAUCAGACCAUGUAAAAGGAUCAAAUGACGCUACACCAGAACCCUUUAAAAUUGCACGAAUCCUCAGCAUUACACCUCGAGUUUCAGGAACAACUUUGAGCCCCAGUGAUGUUACCCUGAAGGUGGCCAAGUUUUACCGUCCGGAGAAUACCCACCGUGGUAUUUCUGCUUCCUACCAAACAGAAUUGAAUCUACUUUACUGGAGUGAAGAAGAGGCAUCAAUUACCUUCAAUGAUGUUAUGGGAAAAUGCUUCGUUUCCUAUCAAGAAAAUAUUGGAAGCAAGUCUGUUGAUGAUUACAUGACUGAGGGUCCAUAUAGAUUCUUUUUUGCGGAGGCAUACAAUUCAAAGGAUAAGACAUUUACCGAGCCUCCUGCAAAAGCCCAAGCAUUGGGAAGUAUUGGCAAGGGCAAAGGAAAAGGAAAAGGAAAGGGGAAAGGAAAAGGAAAAAGUUGUAAUGAUGAGAACAAUGAAGUGAACAGCUUCCAGGGCUUUGAGGAGUAUCCGCCAGUUGCACACAAGUUGCGGACUCUUGAUGUCUUUGCUGGCGUUGGAGGUCUCUCUGAAGGCUUUCACCAGGCUGGAAUAAGUAAAGCCAGUUGGGCAGUUGAGGUAUUUGAACCAGCUGCUCAAGCAUACCGUCUCAAUAAUCCAAACGCCACAGUCUUUACUGACGACUGUAAUCUUCUUCUGAGAAUGGUUAUGGAUCAAGAGAACAUGAACAAAAAGGGCCAGCGUUUACCUCAGAAGGGUGAUGUGGAGAUGCUUUGUGGUGGUCCACCUUGCCAGGGAUUCUCGGGCAUGAACAGAUUUAAUACACGUCAGUAUUCUCAGUUCAAGAAUUCCCUUGUAGCGUCUUACCUGUCAUACUGUGAUUUCUACCGUCCGAGAUUUUUCCUCCUUGAGAAUGUGCGGAACUUUGUGUCAUACAAGUGUAACAUGGUUCUCAAACUAACCAUGCGGGUUUUGGUAAAGAUGGGUUACCAGUGUGCUUUUGGAAUCCUUCAAGCCGGUAAUUAUGGCGUUCCACAAACCCGUAGAAGAGCCAUCAUAAUAGCAGCUGCCCCAGGGGAGAAGCUUCCAUUAUUUCCUGAGCCCACUCACACAUUUGCCCCGAGAGCAUGCAUGCUAUCUGUUGUGGUUGAUAACAAGAAGUAUGUCAGUAAUUGUCAGUGGGUGGUGUCUGCCCCGCUACGCACAAUAACAGUAAGAGAUGCUUUGUCAGACUUGCCAGAGAUUCGUAAUGGAGACCGUAAAGAAGAAAUUAACUAUGGCUCUGAACCUGAAUCUCAUUUUCAACGUCUGAUUCGGGGCAAACAGUAUCAACCACUUCUUAGGGAUCACAUGUGUAAGGAAAUGGCUCCAUUGAUUGAAGCACGUAUGCGACACAUCCCUACAGCACCUGGAUCAGACUGGCGCGAUUUACCUAAUAUAGUUAUACGGCUCUCGGAUGGAAAAGAAGCAAAGAAAUUGCAGUACACUCAUCCAGACAAGAAACAAGGUAGAGCUUCCAAUGGUGCUCUUCGUGGUGUUUGCUCCUGUGCAACUGGCAAGGCUUGUGAUCCUAUGGAUAAGCAAUUCAACACACUCAUUCCAUGGUGUUUACCUCACACUGGAAAUCGCCACAAUCAUUGGGCUGGUCUCUAUGGUAGGCUAGAGUGGGAUGGAUUUUUCUCCACUACAGUAACUAACCCCGAGCCAAUGGGGAAACAGGGACGUGUCUUGCAUCCAGAACAAACACGUGUUGUAAGUGUGCGGGAGUGUGCAAGGUCCCAAGGCUUCCCAGAUACAUAUCGUUUCCAUGGAACAAUCUUGGAUAAGUAUAGACAGAUCGGAAAUGCAGUGCCUCCACCUAUGGCACGAGCAAUAGGGCUGGAGAUUCUGAAGUGCUUGCAAUCAAAGGAAAAGAAUGUGGUUAUGAGGCUUGAUGAUGUAAAAGCACAAGUCGACUAGCAUUGUUGUGCUAGUGCUAUAUUUCAAUAUACAGCUAGGUACCCAUAGAUGUAUUUUUAACUAUUUUUAUGAAAUAUGCCAAAAUUUAGCAGUUUUAUAAUUUUUAUAUGGAAAUAAAUUAGCUUUUUAAAUAUUUUAUUUGUUUUAACAUUGACUAUUUUUAAAUUGCCAUUUUAUGAAGCAUAUCAAGUUUGUAAUAAAAUGACAUUGAAUGUGCUA